UUUCGACUGAUUAACAAAGCUCUAAGAACAGAAGAUUAUGAAGCUUUAUUAACUCUUCGAUUCUAUAUUAUUGAUCUAUGUAACGCUCUUCGACUGAAGUAUGAUGAAUUAAAGCAAGAUCAACAGAGACAAGAUUUGUCGACAAUUGUAGCAUAUUACGGUGUAAAAUGGACUGCACCUGAUGUUUAUAAUCUGAAACACAAUGUUGGUAAAACUGUACCAAUAAAUGAUUUUCUUUCAACCAGCCAAUCAACAGAUAUUGCUAAAAGUUUUGCUAGGGUGGGAGGACCAAUAGAGCCAGGUGACGAAACAGUUAUGCUAGAAAUCCAUAUCGAUACAACAACGUUAAGCACACCACUGGCUGAUGUUGCUGAAUACAGUGAUAUUCGUGACGAAGAAGAACUUCUCUUCGAAUUCGGAGCAUCAUUCGUCAUCGAUAGUGUCAAUUAUGAUACUUCAGAUGGCACAUGGUGGAUUAAAUUAUCCGUUGUUUCAGAAGAUGUUUUGAUGGAUAAUGUACAAACAUUACUUAAGAAAUGUAGAGAAACAGAAAUGAGUUUAUUACUUGGUGAACUAUUACUGAAAAUGGGAUUACAUAGUGGAUGUCGAAAGUACUUGGAAACUCUUUUUGAUUUGUAUGGAAAUGAACAUGAAAAUGUCGCUAAUAUUGAGGAACUUAUUGCCGAGACAUAUGAACAGGAAGAGAAAUAUGAUCAAGCUAUUUUGUACCAGAUGAAAGCAUUUGAUCUGUAUGCAUCAUCUCAUCGAUGGCAAGACGCUGCGAGAGUCUUAAUUCGGACUGCUAGCUGUUAUUAUGACAAAAAAAAUAAGGUUAUUACGCGACAAUAUACUGAAAAAGCGCA